GCGGGGCGCGGGGCGGCGCUUCCCGCCACUUCCUGCGCGGCCGAGCCGAGCCGGGCCCGCGCCGCCGCCAUGCCCAUGAAAGGCCGCUUCCCCAUCAGGCGGACGCUGCAGUAUCUCAGCCAAGGCGACGUCAUCUUCAAGAGCUCGGUUAAGGUGAUGACCGUGAACUACAACACGGCGGGAGAGCUGAGCGAAGGGGCGAGAAAGUUUGUGUUCUUCAACAUCCCCCAAAUCCAGUACAAGAACCCCUGGCUGCAGAUCAUGCUGUUCAAGAACAUGACCCCCUCGCCCUUCCUGCGCUUCUACCUGGACACUGGAGAACAAGUUUUGGUUGACGUGGAAGAUAAAAACAACAAAGAGAUAACUGAGCACAUUAAAAAAAUCUUGGGGAAAAGCAAAGAAACACUUGAAAAAGAGGAAAGAGAAAGGAAAAAACUAUUCCAUCCAGCAACUUUUGGGCCCAAGAAGUAUCAUCUGCGAGAAUGCAUGUGUGAAAUUGAAGGCCAAGUUCCCUGCCCUGCUGUUGUGCCACUUCCCAAAGAGAUGAGAGGAAAAUACAAAACUAUGAAAAAAGAAGCAUCAGAUUGACACCUCAAGUCAGGCAGUUGUUUCUCCUUGUGACCGGAUGACAAAGGUACUUCAAUGAGAGGCAACAGCUAAUGGCUGCCAGAAACAGGAACAAGCAGGUUCACAGAAUACAGAGACCCUUGUAUGAUGUGUUCUUACAGCUACAACUGGAAUAAAGUGAAAAAUAAGGUUAAAACCCCAGCUUUUUUUGGUGCCAGAUUUACAAAGAAUUACAGUCAACACUGCAGAAAAUAACAAGGAAAUCAAAAGCCUUCCUGCUGAUUUCCAUCUUACACUAACAUAAGACAGCCAAGUGCCAAGGGAACUCCAGACUCAAACUACAUGCUGAGUUUUCUUGGUGUGUUUAGUUACCACUCAGAAAGUUGAGUCCCACUUAAAAGAUACUUUUGCACCUCUGAGAAGCACUGAUCAAGUGAAGAGGAUCAAGAGUAAAGGAGAACACGUAAGUUGGUAUUUGAAAGACAUGCUUUACAGUUAUCUUCAUUGUCCUUCACAGAAAAGUAAAGCAACUCUUAAGACAA